GAUGGAUGGCGAAAUAUUCUGCUGUUUUUGAAGACUGAAGAAUUCCCAGCAGACGUAACUCAAGAAGAUUUAGAAAGCCUUUCUUGUGGGUCAGUGGAUGCUUUGCUUACAUUCGUGUGGUUUUUGAUUGAACUUUUUGUCAUAAAGCAGUGCAAAAAGGACUACAAUAUGUUGGGUAGAUCUCAAAGUUCCGCAAGAACUUUCCUUCUAUCGUGGCUAACUCAUAAACUUCCUCACCGUACCAUUAACAACUUCGACGAUGACUGGAAAGAUGGAACCGCAAUUUGCGAACUCGUAAACGCUCUGCAGCCAGGGUCUAUUCAAGAAGAGGARUUCAGCGAUAYUUACAAUGGUGAAAACAAUGCCAAACUUGGCAUCCAAAUGGCAUAUGAUAAAUUUGGUAUCCCUCAAAUUAUUUCUUCAUAUGACGUUGCAUCUACUCAUAUCGAUGAACUAAGUAUUAUGACAUAUAUUGCUUUAUUUUGUAAGUAUGAAAGCUUGGUUAAAGAGGAUACCAAUAAUAAUAAAACGACGUCUACUUUGAGAGACAGCGAAAACAUACGAGCCGCUUCGUGCAAGGCUUACGGUUCUGGACUGCAAAAUGGGGAAUUGGGAAAAAUCGCUGAAUUUAUUAUUGAAUUAAACGGCGCCAAAGCCUCUGAUAUUACCAUUGCAAUCGAGUGCAAACCUUCUACUGGCGGCCAUGAAGAAAAACCGGAAUUGAGCGUKAAAUCAGUGGGUAAAAGCACUUAUGUUGUGAAAUACCUUCCAUCAAAGCAAGGCGACUACAUCAUAAGCGURUUAUAUUGUGGUGCACACAUUCUAAGAAGUCCUUUCCAUCUUACUGUAACUGGAAAAGUAAAUGGUGUUAUUCCUGGAACGAAAGAGAACAUCCUAAAAGAAAGACUGCAAGACGYUCAAUUCCCCUUUUACAAAGCUAUGAAACAGGAAAACAGUUYAAUGGAAAGUCCUCGAGAAAAACCAGAGUUAGUUGUAACCGAAGUUCGUGACAUUCCUCUGGGAAUUCCCAUGAACACUGCUGAAGGGCCAGGACUGGUAGCCGGUGAGGUYGGAYGUGUUGGCAAGUUUACAGUCAUAACAGACAACUCGRAUAAAGGACCUCUYAGUGUGUGCAUAAGCUGUCCUGCUGUUUCAAUACCCGUUCCUUACGUGAAAACMGAAAAAAAGAAAACSUACACUGAACAUCGCGUUCUGUACAUCCCCACAGAACCAGGAACCUACGAAAUACUUAUCAAGUGGGGCGAGACACAAAUACGAGGAAGCCCUUUUAAGGUUUUUAUCAACGACGUCAAUCAAGAUGACGUAAGCUUGUCACGUGAUGUGAGUUUGGAGGAUCUUGGCGGGAAAGGCAAGAUAAGGGUUUAUUACGCCGCGACGUCUAUGAAACCAAAGGURCAGCGAGAUAAACAGAUGAUGGAGAUUUUCCUGAAAGAAAAGGGAAUAUCAAGCCUGUCUGACUUUGACUCUUGGAUUGCGUUGGAUGUGGGGAUGACMAAACUUCAAAGAGAGAAGGUUUUUAAGAAGGCAGGUCACCGUUCUACYCCACUKUUGUUUGUUGAUGACCAGUGCCUGGGGACAUACGAGGAUAUUGCCAUUAUGGAUAAAGAAGGACUGUUGGACUCUUACCUAAAAUUACGGUAACAUGUUUUACUUGUUCCGACA